AUGUCCAAUAAACCUAAUGAAUUAUUGUUAAACAUAGAUCCUCAAGUUAAAGCAUACAUCAACAAUGCAUAUCAGACAACAAUAUUAACAGUUAUUGACAAAGUAAAGGAACUAAUAAACCAACAAGCUGAAAACCAAAGAUGCUGGAAUGAACAGCUACAGAACACCAUCAAAGAUCAUUUUAGUAAGUUAGAACAAAUCAGUCUAAUCAACAAUUCUAACAACCAACCCACUGAAGAAGAACAAAGCAACCAGGUAAUACCAGUGACAAUAUGCUCAACACCAGAAACAAGAGAUGAAACACUUCAAG